AAACAAAGAAUAGGGUUUUAUCCCAUUUCUGCCCUCCUCUUAUACAAGCAAAAAUCCUUGGAUUGAGACUAAACCCUAGAGCGCCUCCCCCUUCAUUUCUUCACCGCAGCCUAGAGAGAGAGGAGAGAGAAAACAUGCCUGCCGGACAUGGAGCAAGGGCAAGAACCAGGGAUCUGUUCGCGCGGCCAUUCAGGCGAAAGGGUGUGAUCCCAAUCUCUACUUACCUUCGUACUUUCCAUAUCGGUGAGUAUGUUGAUAUCAAGGUUAAUGGCGCCAUUCACAAAGGUAUGCCCCACAAGUUCUACCAUGGUCGCACUGGCCGUGUCUGGAAUAUCACCAAGCGUGCUAUUGGUGUUGAGGUCAACAAACAGGUGGGAAACAGAAUCAUCGCCAAGAGGAUUCACGCUCGCAUUGAGCACAUCCAGAGUUCACGAUGCCAGGAAGAACUUAAGAACAGGAUAAAGAAGAACGAUGAACUCAAGGCUGCUGCAAAGGCCAGAGGUGAAAUUAUCAGCACAAAAAGGCAACCACAAGGUCCCAAGCCAGGGUUUUUGGUCGAGGGCCAGACCAUUGAGACUGUUACUCCUAUCCCCUAUGAUGUUACCAACGAUCUCAAAGGCGGUUACUAAGUCCUGUUUAUUAUGUUUUUGCAUUUUAUUUCGAUUUGCUUGUGUUUCUUUCGACAAUUUAGACUUGUUGCACAAUCAAUAUGGUCCAAUUUUGGAGAGUGAACCUAUUUUUGUUUUUGCUGGUUAGUCAGAGGCAUCAAUACUAAUGUCUUUAGAUAUUGCAUUAGCAUUAUGAUUGUGUUUAACUGCUCGUAUUGUCUUUUAUUUUACUACUUGAUUUCUGA